CCGCCCCUCUGCACUGCCGGGCCUGCGCUCAGUAGUGACUGCCUGCUUCUGCCGGGAUGGCGUUCAUGGACAAACCGCCGGCCAGCAGGCUCUUCCUGGAUGACACGGUACCGCUCUCCGCUGUGAUAGAGGCCAGCCAGAGCCUGCAGUCCCACACGGAGUACAUCAUACGUGUCCAGCGAGGCAUAUCCAUGGAGAACAGCUGGCAGAUAAUUAGACGAUACAGUGACUUUGACAUGCUCAACAACAGCCUGCAGAUCUCAGGUUUAAGUCUACCUCUGCCGCCCAAGAAAUUAAUAGGGAACAUGGAUCGGGAAUUCAUUGCCGAGAGGCAGAAAGGACUUCAGAAUUAUCUGAACUACAUCACCUCCAAUCAUAUCCUUAGCAAUUACGAACCAGUGAAGAAAUUCCUUGACCCCAGCAACUAUUCCGCAAACUACACUGAAAUUGCCUUGCAGCAAGUCUCCAUGUUCUUCCGAUCAGAGCCCAAAUUUGAGGUGAUCGAGCCCUUGAAGGACAUCGGUUGGAGACUCCGGAAAAGAUAUUUCCUGAUGAAAUGUAAAAAUCAACCAAAAGAGCCCCUGGUCUUAAGCUGGGCUGAUUUGGGACCUGAUAAAUUCCUGCAGGAUAAAGACUUUCAGACUGCGAUAAAACUGCUGCCCUCGUGGACUCAUCCGUACAUCCACCGCGUCACGUUUACCACAGCCAGCGAGUCCUCCGCCCUAGUUAUCAGGCCAUUCAAUGAAAAGGGAACCUUAAAGGAUCUGAUCUACAAGGCCAAACCUAAAGAUCCCUUUCUGAAGAAAUACUGUAAUCCCAGAAAAAUCCAAGGGCUGGAGCUGCAGCAAAUCAAGACAUUUGGGAGACAGAUUUUAGAGGUACUCAAGUUUUUACAUGAUCGGGGUUAUCCCUACGGUCAUCUUCAUGCUUCCAAUAUUAUGCUUGAAGGAGAGACGUGUCGCCUGAUGGACCUAGAGAAUUGCCUACUCGGAUUACCGUCCUUUUACAGAUCUUAUUUCAGACAAUUCAGAAAAAUUCAUACUUUGGAAAGCAUCGACGUGCACUGCUUCGGCCACUUACUAUAUGAGAUGACGUACGGCCGACCCCCUGAUUCUGUGCCUGUGGACCAGUUUCCGCCGGCUCCGUCCAUGUCAGUGGUGUCUGUCCUGGAGUCCAUCUUGUCAUGUGAAGCCUGCAAAUCUGGCAUGCCGUCCGUGUCCCAGCUCCUUCAGAUGCCGUUAUUUAGUGACGUGGUGCUGAUGAAUACGGAAAAACCUCAGUUUAAGAUUCCUACCAAGUUAAAAGAAGCCCUGAAAACAGCCAAAGAAUGUAUGGAGAAGAGGCUCGUGGAGGAGCAGAAAUCGAUCUACCAGCACAGACGACUGACACGAGCACAGUCACAUCACGGGUCAGAGGAAGAGAAGAAAAAGAGGAAAAUUUUGGCACGAAAGAAGUCAAAGCGCACAAACUGCGAAUCUGGAGAGGAGCAGUCAAUGAAAUGCAACAACUCAAAUAAUUCAGGCUCUGGAACGAGUUCUCCUCUGACAUCGCCCUCGUCUCCUACACCACCUUCAACAGCAGGGACGUCAACAUUUCCGAUACCAGCAGCCCCCCCUCCUCCUCCGCCCCCUCCACCAGUGGCGCCUCUUUCUCCUUCAAGCAAAGAUGUGUCAACUAAAUUGGCCCUGCCCUCUGUAAAUGGUGCAGGCCGUGGAGCCUUACUGAAUUCCAUCGCAACCUUCAAGAAAGGAGGGCUGAAGAGAGCGGUGACAAAUGACCACAGUGCCCCCCGGAUCAGCUGAACCUGGACGUGUACAGCCCGUCCUGUUCUCUAGUCACGUGUUUUAUAACAGGAUGUCAUUAAUGAGGUCACCUUACGUUUUAAGAAAGGUUGAGAGUAGAAAAAAAAAAUAUAUAUAGAUGCUCCUAUUAAUUCUCUCCAGUAUACAGUCCAGGGAUGGCCAACCUACAACUCCCACCAUUCCCUGCUGUAGGCAGACUGGGCAUGCUAGGAGUUGUAGUUUUGCAACAGCUGGAGAGAGCCGCAGGUUGGCCAUCCCUGAUAUAGUCACUGUGCACAAAAACACCAGAUAUUUUACUAUCUAGGAAAAUAGUAGUAUUUAACAGGACAGUGAUGUUUCAUAAAGCAGAUGUGGGAAUGAUCAUCUGUCCCCUUCCCCCCAAAAAAGAGGGAGGGGGGGGGGAAAUAGUUCCAAUAUUGUUCAUUGGUCACAUCUGGUAUUGCAG